AUGUCUACCGCUAGUCCAUCAGUUUCAGGCGCAGCUGCUUCUCAAUACAAUGCAGGCACUGUGCAUGCCGGCCAGGCUCCUACCAGCCAUGGCAAUGCCCCUCCCAUGCAUAAUCAUUCUGCGUCUGCUUUGGGAGGCUCUGAUGCGCAUGUUACUCAAGCCUCUAGUGCUGGACUUUAUCAGGAUAGCGUUGCACAAGCACCGCAUCAUUUGGCAGGGUCGUUUGCAGGUGCUCAACUUUCACCCAUGGCAUCCCCGUACGCUGCUUAUGGUGCAGCCCAGCACCCUAUGUACGGUGCUUCUUAUUCAGGUCAUGCAUAUGCCCCUUAUCCCAAUUAUAUUGGGCACAUAUCCCACUAUGGUCACCCUCACUAUCCGGGAACUGCUGCCACACCAGCUUACCACACUCCCAUGAUGGGUGGCAUGGUUUCGCACGGUGGAUAUGCGCCUCAUUCUGCAACCCACAUUCCUUCGCAUCAUACACAGGCAGCUAUUCCCAUCGCUAUGACAGGUGCGACUGGUGGGAGCGCACCAACGACGCCCAGCAUGACCUCUGGUGCUAUGAUGCCUACAUCGUAUGGGGCGACUCCCCAGUACAAUGCACCUGUCCCCAUGGGAGGUCGACACCGGGUUACUACGACUCUGUGGGAAGAUGAAGGAACCCUGUGCUUCCAAGUCGACGUCAAAGGCGUUUGUGUUGCUCGCCGCCACGAUAACAACAUGGUAAAUGGAACAAAGCUUUUAAAUGUCUGUGGUAUGUCUCGCGGAAAGCGCGACGGUAUUUUAAAAAACGAAAAAGAGAGAAUUGUUGUUAAAGUCGGUGCCAUGCAUCUCAAGGGUGUUUGGAUUGCCUUUAGCCGUGGCAAGCAACUGGCUGAGCAACACGGUAUUGCGGAUGCUCUUUAUCCUUUGUUUGAACCUAACAUUCAGUCUUUCUUGUACCAUCCUGAUAAUUAUCCCAGGACUGCUGCUGUUAUGGCUGCUGCGCAAGAGCGCCAAGUGCACCGUCAUUACAACAUGCCAACCACAUCCUCGACACCUGUGAAGGACUUAAGCAGUAAUGAGAUGGGUGGGGGACUCCCCAUACACUCCAGUAUUCCCAGCAACCACUGGACAAACUCUCAGCAAGCAGCUCAUGAUUCAUCCUCUUCGAGCAAUACGGCUGAGGCUUUGCACUAUCAGUACCCCACACAUGCACACUAUCAGCACCAAGCGUCUGGCAUACCUGCGACCUCCCAGCAGGGUGGUCAAUCCGCUGCUUUCAGUCCCGCUAACGCCCACUACUCUCCCCAGAGCACUCAGGUUCCUAUGCGUUCUAGUGUUAACUCUGGGUUUGUUAUGGAUCGUCGACUGGACCAAACACCGGAAACAGGCAGUAGUCAAAAUCCCGCUGCCACCGGCAACCUGCAACAAACUCCUAGUGGUGCUGGUCACCGCCGUGUCUCGAGUCUUAAGCGUUCUCCUGCUGACCAGGAGCCUACCCCUUCUAUUGUCCCUCCCCCACAGGGUCCUAUCGAAAAUUCGGCACCGUCUUCAGCCGAAGCGGCUCCUGCUACUGUUUCUUCCACUGCAUUGCCCAGUGAGAACUAUACUCUCGAUGAAAAACGUCCAAAGGACGAGGAUACAUCCUCCCAGCAAGCAUUAAACAUGAUGUAUUCCAGUGAAAACCGUCCGCGGGUGUCCGAGAACCAGGCUCAAGGGUCUCAAGAGUAG